AUGACUACAAUCGUUGAUUCUGCUCUUUCAUCAUCACAAUGUGCAAAGGAAUUAUCAACAAAAAAUAAAGAUGAGCAAGCCAUUGAAUCUAUUUAUUCAUAUUGGUUUGGUGAAAAUAUUGAUACAUGGUCUAAAAGUUAUCCUUUAAAUACAAAAUUAUGGUUUAAAGUCGAUGAACAAGUAGAUCGAGAGAUCAAAGAUAAAUUUGAAAAAUUAUUAAUCAAUGCUGCAAAUGAAAACAGCCACCUUUAUCAAUGUUGGCAAACAACAAAUCGAGGCAAACUCGCUUUAAUUAUUUUAUUCGAUCAAUUUUCUCGAAAUAUCUAUCGUGGUACAUCAAAAAUGUUUGAAUUUGAUCAUUUAGCUCUUAAAUUAGCACUUGAAAUUAUCGAUGAUCCAACACAUAUCACAUCAUACAGCUUACCAGAACGUAUGUUUGUAUAUCUGCCACUUACGCAUUCUGAGAAUCUUGUUUACACAACACAAGGUGCUAACUUAAUGAAUGAUCUCGUAUCACAAGUAACUCAACGUGAUUUGCGUAAACGAUAUGCUGCAAAUGCUCGAUCAGCAAAAACUCAUCAACAAAUCAUCGAAUUAUUCGGUCGUUAUCCACAUCGAAAUAUUAUUCUUGGACGAGAAUCUACUAAAGAAGAGGAAGAAUAUUUAAAAAAAGCACGGAAUGGAUUUGUACUAUCUGUACAACCGAUCAAACCUGUAGCAGCUGAACCUGUCAAUAAUAAUGAAAUACCAUGUUCAAGACAAUUAGAAUAUCCUCGUGUAAAUAUACUUGUUCUACAUAGUUUUCGUCAGAAUGCCAAUAGUUUAAAACGAGGUGCGAAGAAAUUGUUUAAGGAGUUAAAAGACAUAGGAACAUUUUAUUUUGCUAAUGCUCCAUUACCAUACACUCCUACACAUGAAGUAAAAGAACAAUUAGUAGCUGCUUUUGGAGAUGAAAAUUUACCCGAAACAAGUUAUCAGCGACAAUGGUGGAAUGCUUCAGCCGAUAACAAAAUUUAUCAUAGUUUAGACAUUUCAUUACAUUAUAUUGAUAAGCUAUUUCAAGCAAAAGGUCCGUUCGAUGGAAUACUUUGUUUUUCACAAGGAGCUGCGUUAGGUGGAAUUUUAUGUGGAUUACAACCAUUUGGUAAUAUUUCAUUUAAUUUUGCUAUAUUAAUAUCUGGAUUUGCUUCUCGAGCGGAAUGUCAUCAAGAUUUAAUGCAACCGAAUGCAAUAAAAAAUGUAUCCACUUUACAUAUUUAUGGAGUCAAUGAUAUUUUAGUUAAUAAUGAUCGAACGCUAAAAUUAGCAGCUGCAUUUGAAAAUCCUAUCAUUCUAUCACAUCCUGGUGGACAUUUCACACCAAAUACAUGGCCAAAUGCUAAAAUCAAACAAUUUUUAAUGGAACAACAAGAAUGUUUAUCACACAAACAAAGUACCAUAACAAGUACUGACAUGAAUCAGCUCGAAUCAUUGAUAACGUUUGAAGAGAAACUAAAAGCAACCAUUUCGUAUCAUCAAAAACGAAUAUCAACUUUACCAGUCACUAAACGAAAACAUGAAAAAUUACCUGUUAUUCCUAUUGGUCUAUCGAAAAAAAUGGAUCAAGAAAAUAUUGAAAUCAUGAUUGAAAAUAUCGAUAGUUAUCUAAUCGAUGAUGUUAUGUUACUUAUCUGGUGUGAACGAACAACAUUUCAUAAUAGUGAACCUAAAGAUGAGAACGAAAAAAAUGUUACAUCAUUAUUUUUUCGACAUUGGAUAUUAUUAUAUUUGAAAAAACCUGAUGAAGUCCUUUCUUUAUAUUUGAAUGCUAUUUCAAAAUAUGGUGGUUGGGGAGAUUUAAAGACUUUAUAUGUAACCGCUGAUCAAAUGGCAAGUGAAUUUCUAACGGAAAGAUCAUUAUUAGAUAAUUUGAAAGCAACAUGUGUGAAAAUUUUUGGUGAUCAAUUACAGCAUGAUUCUCGUGUUGUUUUAAAUCAACCAGAUGAGUCUGCAAAUGAUAAUGAACAAGAGCAAUCUAUUCAAAAUCAAGAAUGGAUUAGCAACUGUGCUAAAGAAGCUCCACGACUAUCUAAUAAACGUACAAAACCAAGCACAAUUAUGGCAAAAGAAAUUGCGAAAUAUAUGCAGCCUAUAACUAAUAGUAAUAAUAAAACUGAAAAACAAUUAAAUGCCGAUAAAGGUUAUGCAUAUCAAACUUAUAAAAGACUUAUUUCAUCAAUUUGUCAUGUAUUGAAGAAAGCAUCUCCAACUUUCAUGGAUGAAUUAAUGAGAUCAAGAACUCGAAAAGAUCGAGCAUUUCGAUAUACAAAAGAACAACGAGAACAAUUAUUAAAAGCUCCACCUUCAUCUUACAUAACUAAUCCUGAACCAGAAGCAGUUGUUCCAUGUUCUCUAGAAGAAUUAGAACCAUUAUUGGAACAUUUAAUAUUAAAUAAACCUGGACCAAGUGAUGAUAAACAAUCUAUUGUUUUCGCACGUGGUACGAUCAUGACUGGUGGACGAUUAGAUUUAUGUAAACAGGUCGUAGGUCCACAAGGUAUACAACCUUUACUUAAUGCAAUGAAAAAUAGUUCAGUGAUUAAUCGAUUAUUAUUAGGUAAUAAUAUUGUUGGUCUCCCUGGAGCUCAAGCUAUUUCUCAAUAUAUUCGUUUCAAUAUUGACUCUAAUAUUGAUACAUGGUAUAUUGCUGGGAAUCAUUUUGAUAGUGAAUGUAUAUCACUGAUAUGUGAUGCAUUAGCAACCGAUACUAAAGUUAAAGCUCUUUGGUUAAAACGAAAUCCAAUUUUAGCUACUGGUGUUGUACACAUUGCUCGAAUGUUAACAACUAAUCAUUACUUACAAACAUUAGAUUUAUUGAAUACUGGUUUAUUGGAUGAAGGUUGUGAAAUAUUAUUUAAUGCUUUUAAAUCAAAUCAUAGUCUAAAACAUUUGUAUAUUGAUACCAAUGGUCUAACUGUUAAAAGUGGACGAACAAUACGGGUACAUUUGGAACAAAAUGAUAAUCAUUUAGAAACUCUAUAUAUUUCAUGUAAUGCCUUAGGUGAUGCGGGUACGUGUGAAAUAGCUGCAGGCUUAAAACAUGAUAAACGUCUAAAACGACUUGGCUUAGCAUCCAAUUGUAUUGGCGCUGAUGGUGCACGAGCUUUAGUCGAUGCACUUAUAAAUCAUGUAUCACUUGAACAAUUAAAUCUUGGUUAUAUGAAAGCAACCAUUCUGCUUGGUGGUUUAGAUAAUAUUAUUGGAGAUGAAGGUGCAACAGAAAUCAGCAGAUUAAUUCGAUUAAAUCAACAUAUUCGUUCGAUUGAUCUUACAUUUAAUGGUAUUUCACAGAGAGGAUUAAUGCAAUUAAGAGAUGCAUUGAAAGAAAAUCGAAUUCUGACAACUUUGAAAAUAUUACAAUUUGGACAAGUACAUAAUGAAAUAACAAAAGAAGAAAUAAAUACAAUGAUUGAACAAAAUAAAAUUGAAUGGGGAAAACAAGUACUGAGUAAUGAUACUACCAAUAGUUCGUCGUUAUCAAAAUCUGAAUGUUUAGAAAAAGGUCGACAAUUGAAUGAUGAAAUCAAUUUUCCCGAACAUGUUCAGGAAAUAAUUAGUUAUUACAGAACACAUUAA